AUGGACAACGCCUCCACCCCUCUCGCAUCCGCCUCUCGUCUUGGAGAUCUCCUCGCCCAGCUGCAGAUACACCCGCCCGCCGACCAGUGGCCUCAGAUCGAGUCGACCGCACAAAGCCUAGCCAACGAGCUUCGCACCAAGGACGUUGAACAGCAGACUGCGCUUGGGCAGACACUCCUCCCCCAGACUCUGAACUCGCUCCUCAAGGGGCUUCUUGUUGAUCGCAGCGCGCUGGGAUGCAAGGCCGCAGUCUUCGAGCUGCUCCGCGUUGCCGCGAACCUCUGCAUGGACCACGACGAGAACCGCGGAUAUCUGCUCGAGGCGGGCUUCCCUCAAACUGUGGUCACUCUUCUGCCGGCGCAACACACGCCGCACCCAUGUCUAUCCCGAUCUGAAAUUGUGAAGACUGCUAUCGGGUUCUUGUUGAAUGCGAGUGUUGGCUACGCAUCCACCUCCGACCCCGGAAACCCCUCCGAAGACCUCGGAGAGAGCUGGAGUCUGCGCGCCACCACCGCGUCCUGGUCAUGGAGAGCUAUCGAAGAGCUGAGAGGUGACGAUGGCAACCAACCUACGGGAGACAUGUUUGGCCCGGACGCGCUACCAGUGCUCGUCUCCCAAUUGCGGGGGUUCGUCCCUCCAUACCCCACUCCACCGCCCCUCUUCGCAACUCCUGCAUCUCGACGAACCUUCGUCCAGACCGACUUCGACAUCUACGAACAGGUUUGUGGACUCAUUGAGUCACUUUGUCUCGAUGUCGACGACGUUCGACUAUCGCUUGCUCGCGGCAUGACAUUCUCGGAAGACCACGGCAUAAAGUGUCUCUCUGAAAUGCUCGACUUUGUAGAAAGGGCGGACUACCCUUCAUACUGGACAUCGGAGGAGCGACCAUCCAAGGAGAAGGGCUUCGAUCUCGGCAAGGGCGCGAUAGUGAAGGCCAUCGUGGAAACUUCUGGAGACGAGAUGAACAUCGACAUUCUGUGGGAUGACUCUGAAGCGGAUAAGCCGGGAGGAGAGUUUGUGAGCCGGAUGGUGGCUUGGAUUCAUUCACACAAGGACCUCAAGACGUCAAGCAGGGACGACCUGCUCAUCUGCGCUACUCUCAGCCUCGGUAACAUCUGCCGACGAGACGCUCAUUCCACGGCAAUCGUGAAAACACCAAUCUCUCUCGCACCUGAUUUGGCGUCCUUGCUCGAACCCGAGGUGGACCUCAAGGUAAAGCAUGGAGCCAUUGGGCUCCUGAAACACCUCGCGCAGUCGCAAGGCUGCAGGCCAGCCCUCGGCGAGGCCGGCGUGAUCCAGCGCCUCGCCUCGUCGCAAAUUUGGAGUGAAAGGGCAGACAUGGUGGAAGUCAUUCAGGUGGCUGCGAUCGGCGUGGCCAAACACAUGUGCAACGGGAGCAUCGACAACACGUUUGCACUAGUGCUCCCGGACGAGAGUGACUCGGCCAUGCAGCAGAUCCUCGCGCUCGUCCGGAGGUCAGACUCGAUCACCGUCAAGAGCGAGGGCACCCGCGUGCUCGUGAACGCGACGAAAUCGGUGUGGACGACGGAUCCCAAGACGCUCGACGCCGAGCACGCUCAGAGGCGGGAGGCGUGUAUGAAGGCGCUGGCGCAAGAACCGUGCGUGAGCGCGUUGGCCAGGCUGGUUGGGAGGAGCAAGCGGUAUCCUACCCUCGUCAAUGAGGGCGUUGUGGCGCUGUCCCUGAUCAGCACUUACCCCAGCGGAGGCACGCUCGUUUUGGACUCAUUGCUCAACCCCCUUCCGACGGAGGCCGUGCGUGCGACGACGCAGCCGCCCAUGUCAGCGGUCUCCGCCACGGAGAACUCGCCGACGGUGGGCCCACGCCGCGCGCUGGACAUGAUCACGGCCGUGCUGCGCGAAAGCGCGGGACCAAAAGUGCCGCCAGAGGUGCGGGCGAACGCGUGCGCGUUGCUCGGCCACCUCGGUCGCAAGGGUGUUGUCGCGGAGAACCGGGCGACGGACCUGGCGCGGAUGAAGGACGCAACGCGGGAGGUUGUGGAGGCGCUCGCGCGAGACGAGGACCAGGGAAAUGGACGGGUCGCGGCGAGUGGGAAGCGUGCGUUGGAGGCAUGGGGGCCGUGA